CCGCUCAUCGUAAGCGUGUCGUAUAUAAACUCUUUCGCCGAUGCACAUGCACAUGUGCACCUCCACGUCUUGUAUUCAAUUGUUUGCAAAUUUUACGCAUCUAAAAAACUAAAUCAAUAAUCUAAGUAACUCAAAAAAAAUUAAAUUUUAGUGAAUAUAAUGUAAGAAAUAUUAUAAAAACAUAAUAGUGACCGUUGUAUAUUUGAAAGUUUCAAACAAUCGCGUUAGUUGUCUCAAUCACAGUCUUUGAUUUGAUGAUUUACCGCGUUUGACAGUCAAACAAAUGUGACACAUCCUGAGAUGGCGUUUGGACUGGUGGUUGAAUUGGUUGAACAGUGAGCGCGUAAUUUAUUCUGGCGCACAGACUGCAAUCCGUGCAAAUGCAGCUGGCGAAGAUGUGCGAUCGUGACCGCGAGCGUGGUCACGCCGAUCACCAACAACAGUGCGCGCGGAAUGCGCUCGCUAGUGAUUGUGAUAAUACCGCUGACAAUAAGGAUAUUCGCAAGGAUACCAAUCGGGACAGCGGCACCCAAUCGGAUGGUGAGAUGGAUAGUUGGGAGACAUUUUUCGGUACGUCCACGGAUCUAAUGCCGUCCAUAAUGGACGCGAUGGACGCCCUGUUGGAGCCUAAGGACGUCCAGCGUUCGCAACACGCUGACCACUUCCCGAAUCUUUCUGCAAACGUGCAGAAGAUCCUUGCUAAUUUACCACCUCACAAUCAAGACGACGCCAGCGCCCCCUCUGCAGAGAUGAGUCACAACGGCGGUGGUUCCAAUAGAAAUAGUAUGCGCGUGCGAAACUCGGUUUUCUAUACGUCGCUAACGCCAAGGCAGAAAUCACAGUUUGCUCAAAUGGCGUCGCAUCGUAACAAGAGCACUGAAUCACUUGAUAUUAUCUCACCUGGUGUGCAGAAGAUGCUCGCAAAUCUACCUGACACUGAACUGGCGGUGAGAUUGGCACAGACGGAUUUGCAGGCUGAAAACAAAAUGGCCGACAACGACCGAUCGCGAAUUAACACGAACAAAGCGGAAUUGAAUAACAACGAUCAUGAAAAUAACCGAUUGCGAAGUGAUUGUAAAGAUUAUGAUAAAAGUGCAAGUAGUGGUGGACUGUUUGUGGGUGAACCGUGCGAAAACGGCAAUUCUCAACCGUUGGGUACUUACAUGCAGAAACCAAGUGGGAUAGCAUCGCGUACACCAGUUGGCAGAAAAAAUAUGGGGAAAUAUUUACAGAUUCCCAGUGAGAGUACAAACAGCACGUUGAGUUCAGAAGUGUCGCGACCUGUGUCGCUCACAAGUUUGGGAUCUUGCUCGUCGUCAAGUAGCAGCGGACUUCAUCAGCAGGGUUCAGCAUAUCUAGCGUCGGCAGAGAGCUUAGACAGUGAUAAUGAACCCACUGGCAGUCAAGGAUCGGCAGAUAGCGGUAUUGCCGAAUCAACAACCACAGGCGCGGACAUGCGCGUUCUUCACGAGGUACUCGACACUGAGGCCAUCUAUGUUGAUGAUUUGCAUCAAGUCAUUAAGGGUUAUUUGGAGCCAUGGCGGAAUGAUCCAUCCUGUCCGCUUGGUCAACACCUACCACAUUUAUUUAGCAACCUGGAAGCCAUCUAUGAGUUCAAUAAUAAGUUCCUUCAGCAUCUACGCUCAGUACCGCUUGAUUCAACGCACGUCGCCAAUGCUUUUCUGUUACACGAUUCGGGAUUCUCAAUCUACACAGAGUACUGCACAAACUACCCGCGUACGAUGAACAUUCUAACCGAAAUGACCAGAGAUGAAAGCAUGGCCGCCCUCUUUAGAGAGCGCCAAGGAGCGUUACAUCACGCGCUGCCACUUGGUUCAUAUUUGCUCAAACCUGUCCAACGUAUACUAAAAUACCAUCUGUUCCUUCAGCGUUUAUCCAAACAAUGCGAUGAGCAUCACAGAUGCUCUGUUGAUUUAGCCCUGGCCACGAUGACAGCCGUCGCGACGCAUAUUAACACGAUGAAACGCAAACACGAGCAUGCCGUUCGUGUCCAUGAAAUCCAGGCGCAAUUGUACGGCUGGCAUGGCGACGCGUUGACGGCGUUGGGAGAGCUCAUCGCCGAGGGGACGUUCCGCGUGGGGGGCGCGCGCGGCCGCCGCCAUGUCUUCUUGUUCGACAAGCUGCUGAUGAUGGCGAAGAGCAAGCCGGACGGCGCGCUCGGCUAUAAAACGCACAUCAUGUGUUCAAAUUUGAUGCUCGUUGAGCAAGUCCGAGGCGAACCCCUGAGCUUCCAUGUCCUUCCAUUUGACAAUCCGCGCAAUCAGUACACGCUGAGGGCGCGCAGUACGCAACAUAAGCGCGAAUGGACACUGCAAAUCAAGCGGGUCAUUUUGGAGAACUACAACGCUGUGAUACCCAACCACGCCCGCCAGCUGGUGAUGCAAUUGGGGCAGGACAUGCCCGAAUGUACAGAAGAGCAAUAUGACAAAUCGUCUCCAAUCAAACAACACACAACCCCUCAAUAUUUAGAACGUCGUGGUCGUUUCCGUAAAACUCGCGAUUUCUCCGUCCGACGUGCCACCUCUCAAGACCGCACGUUUCCAUCGUUAGGAAAAUGGCGGCGACAGUCCGACCCUAGCGGAUGCCAGUAUAAAACAGCGAAAAAAUCACCGAAAGCUAAAAAAUCCCCCGACAGCAGCGUGUUUUACACUGAUCUCUCCGACUCGGAAAACUGCGAAGGCUUAAUUGGCGCAUCCAUGGAUAGUUUAAACGUUAUUCAGGAACAAGAACGACAGGAACGUCCACAUGAACAACGAUUUGAGUCACCAGAACGGGACGACAAGCAGCAUCUCAGUAAUACAAUUGCUCAAGUCGUCACUGAUUUGCUGAUGCAAAACGUUGAGUUUCACAAAGUGCUCAGUAAACAACGCCGCAACAUGAAGGGAAGUCACAGUUGCUAUGGCAACAGUAAGCAAUAUGAGCAAAGUGACGAGGGUGGUAUUAAUAAGAGCGAUAGUCUUCCGAGGUCAUUUCAAUUGAAUGACAAGAAUGCCGAAGAUAAAGACGAAGAUUUAUGCAGCACAAUAACCACAUGUGAAUCAAUUAGUUCUCUGCAGGAAUGUUCGGAUCAACGUGAAAAUGAUGAUGAUGACGAUGAAGAAGAAUAUCCUGAGCAUAAAAUUUAUCGUAAGUCAACAAUGCGUCUAAGUAUCCUUCAACGUUUUCGUGCCAUACUCAACGAGGACGGUAGAUCCAAGCUACCCACUCAUAAACUAGGCUCUAAAUCAAUGGGGGCCAAAAUUGCAAACCCAGACUACGCAGAUCCACAGAAAAUACUACUUGUUGCGACCGAACCAAGAUCUAUAUCCAAUUCACCGUCAACCUCGACCACAACGCUGCCCAGCAAAGACAACCUGGAGGAUUUUGUCUUGCCCAGGAAUAUUGAUAUGAAUGAAGCGGAAGUUCUUCGCGAACUGGAUCGUCGACUUAGUCAGCAACCCACUGCAUCAAAUGGUCAAAGGAUGACUUCUAGUCCUAAAACUCCAACGAGCCCUACAAGUCCCACCAGUCCGAUGAGUCCAAUAAGUCCGAAUCCAGCGCAUGUGUUCGCCACGGUUGCGUCUAGUCAUGAUUGCUACUACGAGCACCUGCUGGACAAGCGGCUCACGGAGGAAGAAUCACGUAUUGAGAAGAGCGAUAGUUUCCGGUCCAACGCUGGGGAUGAUUGCAGACCGCAUAUUAUGAGGAAGCCCGAGAUGAAGAGGCCUGUUAAAGCGCCACCGCCGAUUCCAGCAAAACCUAAAUUCCUCAGUCCCGUCAAAAAUUCUUUGACUGCCGGCAACCCAAUUAACUCAAAUGGCGUGUGUCAAAAUGGUGGACAACCGAGCAAUUGCGGACUCCAGCUGGAGGGUAAUCAAAAAGGUUGGGUAAAGACUAUAAUCGAUCGAUUCGAAUGACAGUCAACGAAUUCUUAAGAUUUAAAUUGAUUAUUGAUUAAAAUGUUGUUGCCGAUGGCUUUAAAUCUGCGUUCAAGUAAAAAAUCGAGCAACUAUGAUGACUUGUUAGAAGUAUGUAUAAUUUUACUAUGUGCCAAAAAUAUUCAGAGCGUAUUUAAACUAUUUUAAUGCGGUUGAGACUAAACUAUCUAGAUUUUGACUCGAGAUAAUUAGCGUAAGUUACAAAGUUUAAAAUACAUAUUUAAAUUAUUGUUGAAUUGAUUGAGCGGACGAAUAAUUCAAAGUUUUAUAUUGAAAUUGCAAUAAAAUCAAAUAUUUAAAAACA